AGUCGGGCGAUAUAUUCGGCGUCGGUCGGCGCCGGCCGCCACUGUCGGGCCGUGCUCGGCUCCGUGGUGUCUCCGCCUCUGCCGCUGACACCGCUGACACCGCUGACACUGACACCGCCGCCUGGGGGGUCAUGGAGAACGACACGGCUGCUCCCGGCGCCGAGCCGCCGCUGUGGAACUCCAGUGAGUUCCCCAGCUGGCUGUACCGGCGCGACGUUUCGCUGCUGGAGACGGUGCCGCAGCCGCUGCUGCAGAUCGUGCCCGACCACUGGCGCCAGUUCCCAGCGCCGCUGCCCAUCUGGCACACCGUCACUGGAUCAGUCUACCUCGUCAUCGGCCUGCUGGCUACGUUGGCCAACGCCGGCUCGCUGGUGCUGUUCGUCACGACGGCCUCGCUGCGCACGCGCGCCAACCACCUCAUCACCAGUCUGACCGUUAGCGACCUGGGCAUGGCGGCCACGCAGAUCCCGCUGCUGGUGGUGAACAGCUUCAGCCGCCGCUGGGCGGCCCCCGUCUGGAUGUGUCAGGUGUACGGCUUUUGCGGCGGGGUGUUCGGCACGGCCUCCAUCAUGAGUCUGGCCAUGAUUGCCGCAGAGAGAAGAGCUGUCCUCUACCGUACCCCCAACAGCAGCCUUGGCCUGGCUGUCACCUGGGCGCGCAUCGCCUUCAUCUGGGGCUUCUCGGUGGUGUGGAUGAGCCUGCCGUUUGUCGGAGUCAGCCGAUACGUCCCCGAGGGGUUCAUGACCAGCUGCACGUUCGACUACGUGUCGGGUGACGCGGUGUCGCGCGCCUACAUCGGCCUGUCGGUGGUGCUGUGCUACGUGGCGCCCCUAGUGGUGAUCGCCGUCUGCUACUGCACCAUCUACCGGCUGCUCGGCAGGAUGCCCGACAUCGCCGUGCACACCAAAUACGGACAGGCCAUACAGACGGUGCGGGAGAGCCUGGUGAAGCGGAGGGAGACCCAGCUGAGCCGCACCAUCGUGCUGCUGGUGACCGCCUGGUGCCUCUCCUGGACGCCCUACACCGUGGCGGUGAUCCUCGGGAUGACCGGCAGUCCCCGGCUGACUCCAUUUGUGUCUCUGGCGUCCGCCGUUUUCGCCAAGGCGUCGGCCGUCUACAACCCCAUCAUCUACGUGUUCGCGCACAACAAGUUCCGCAAGGUACUGAAGAAGAAGUACAAGCAGUGGUCUCGCGGCUGGAGCCCCGCCUGUGCCUCGCAGUCCGAGUGCAGCCGGGACUCGGGCUCUGGUCUGGAGCUGCGCGUGAUGCGCCGCUCGUCAGUGACAAUUCGGCGCGGCCGCCUGUGCCAGUCCACGUCCUGCGGCCCGUCCAACGCGUCCCACCCGACCACACCGCGGCGCAUCGUCAACGCCGAGAUCUUCUUCUGAGCGGGCUGCGUCCGCGAACCGGCAGCGGGGCAGCUCACCCCUGCCGGCAGCGUAUCGCCGAGGAGACUGCUGUCGGCUGCGUGCUCUGAAGGACGGUUGUGGUUGGAUGGCUCAUCCGAGUGACGGGUGACUGCUUGGAACGGCAAAGGUGGAUGAAAUCGGUGUCAAAAAGCAUGAAAAGGUUGCCCCCAGUGUCAGUCGCUCAAAUGAACGGUGUCAGAGAGUCCUCAGGAUGGCCGGCGCCGGUGUCAGGCGCUCCAAAAAUGAUGACCGGUUCAGAAUCGCUCGGAUGUUUGAGAUGCUGAUGUGAACGCUAGUGAAGUGUCAAUGACAGAUUUUAAUUGUAUAGUGUGUCUUCCUAGAGAAGGGGGAUAGACGAUUGUGUGCUGACUGCUAACAAUAUUGCAUAACUCAUAGCUCUGUUGCAAACUGUGUUAAAUGUAUGUAGGCAAGAAUUUUCUUGAGAUUCUGAAUGGUUUCCAAUCUCAAUAAAUACUUCUCGUGGAAUAAAACA